UUCUUCUGUUCGGCUACACUGAGCAAAGAUGCAAAAGAAGUGGAAAUAGCUUGUGGCAACUUCUUGCAGCAAAACAUUUACGUUAACAUUAACGGCUCUCGCAGAAAGAAGCAGAAUGAUUAAAAUUGAUCCGCAAGUCUCUUCUUUCACUCUCCUACCCGCCCCCGUUUUAUCAUACUGGCGUGACCUAUUAGUGUUGGCAUUAUGAAGAAGUGUGGCGCACAGAGGAGUCGCUCCCCAUCAUGGUAUAAAUACAGGAAACCAGCAGUAGCAGUUACCUGAUCCUGUUUCUGAGCUGGACACCAAGCCAACAUGACAUCUGGCACCAUAAAGGGUCUGAGGGGCUUCACGUUAACCAAUCUGCUCACCCUUUUGUUGCUUGCAUCCUUCAUCUCACAUUCAUGGAGCGUGCCAAAAGGCUCAUUUCAACGAAGAAACUGGACACCGCAGGCGAUGUUGUACUUAAAAGGAACACAGGGUCGUAGGUUCAUCUCUGAGGAUGGAAAGGAAGGAGAUGUCUAUGACACGCUACACUUAGAGACCCGCAGUCAAAACACAGAGAAGCUGAGUGUUGGCCAGGCAGCUACAGUGCUGCUCAAGAUCCUGCAGCAAGCCAGAGAGGGAGCUGACGAAGCUCCAGACGAGGUGUAUUUUCCAGUGUGGAAGAGAGAAUACUUCUGACAUCAACAAUAAUCAUCAUAUUUCAUCAUUUUUGUAUUUGUGUUUGGUGCAACACUGUUAAAAAGCUGCAUUGUAAAUAUGAAUUAUCUCACUGUGUUUAAAAUGAUAUUUUAAUAAACACUUGGGGAUUAUUGCACUUUAGGUCUGAGGUUGACUUAAAUGUUUGAAAUAAAACCACUUCCCAUUCAUACAAUCUGCAUCCAUUAACAGUGAAUGUGUAAAAGUCAAGUUUAUUUGCGUAGCACAUUUCAGCAGCAAUGCAGUUCAAAGUCGUUUGCAUCAGAGCUCUGAGAACCUGAUGGGGCACCGACCUGCUGCUGCACACCUGGCAUGAAUGAAUGGGUGAUUACCAGGUUUUUACAGGCAGGCAAAGGGGGACACUGAGUUGUGCUGGAGAAUGACGCAUCUGAAACAUGUCCUCUGUGAGCCCUGAGGACGGGGCCUGGGGGCCACUGCUUUACAUGAUCAAAACAUGACACACUAAUUAUGUUGGCAACAGCAAACAACCAACAAACAUUAUAUUUUUCCAAAUAGCAUAAUCAAAAUCAAGGAU